GCGUUGGUACCGCCCCAAGCUGUUCUCCCUCACCCGCGCUGUGCUGGGGUGGGAUUGGGCAUGGGUGCCAUAGCGGCCGGGUCGCCGAACAGACCGAGUGCAUCCCACAUCUGAGGUCGCGCAGCCGGAGCCCAUGGCCCAGAUCUCAGCCUGUAUUGAAAUACUCCCACGCCCGCUGAUCCCAGGCUCGCGUUGCUGGCUCUAGCUCCCCACGACAACCCGUCACAGGUCGCUUGCACGGUGAAUGUCGCUCCAUCUCUUGUACCACCUGUGAUCUCGUCCACGCCCACCCUCCGCCAUGGACUACUCGUACUUCGGCGCCCAGCCGCAGCCCUAUUUUAUGGGCAUGCCCAACAACGGCUUUGCCCAUAACGUCGACCCCGAGACCAUUCGCAGCAUUGAGCCCUUGGAGGCCGGUUUCCUGUCUGGCCCCUACGAUGCCUUCUCUUUCAGCCACAGCCUGCCGACGACGCACGGCUCGCCGGACCCAGUGAUAGCAGCAACGCCGAUGCAGGUCGGCAGCGUAGACAGCGGGAUCGGCGGUGAAGUCGAGGACAGCCGGGCGAGCAGGACGCGGAGCAGCAGCGAGGAGAAGGAGACAGGCCUGACGCCAGCGCAAAGCAGGCGGAAGGCGCAGAACCGAGCAGCCCAGCGCGCCUUCCGCGAGCGCAAAGAACGGCAUGUGCGCGACCUCGAGGCGAAGCUGUCGGCGCUCGAGUCCAGCACGCACUCGCUGCAGUCGGACAAUGAGCGCCUGAAGCUCGCUCUUCAGCGCGCCCGCACCGAGAACGAGAUCCUCCGGGCCACCACCGGCGGGUCGCCGACCUCCUCACGACCCGUCUCUGCGAGCUAUCCUUCCCCGGGCGCCCACCUUCUAGACGAGGGUGACGAUGCCUACAAUGUGCAAGAGCUGUCCAACGGAAGCGUGGUAAAUAGCGCUGAUAAGGACCAUGCCGCCUUGCGCAAGAAAAACAAGAGCCGCGAGAUCCCGGCUGCGCAGACAUGGGACUUCAUCCAGUCACAUCCUCUGGUCAAGCAGGGCCUCGUCGACAUAGCCGACGUCUGCGAACGGCUCAAGGGUGCCGCAAGAUGCGACGGCAAUGGGCCCGUCUUCGAGGAGACCAUUGUGUGGGCAGCCAUUGAGAGCUCACGAAGGAGCGGUGGCGACGAACUGAUUUGAUCCUCACUCUGACUACACCCAAAGCGCUGGGCAGCAGAGCUGGACCGUGUUUUCCUUUACCUUAUACCCGUUCAUGACUAUACUUUCGAAGCGUCCACGGUCGGACGGCUUUUGAUGAUGGCGUUUCACGGAUUUGAUGAUUCGGAUUCAAACAAGCAUUACACCGGAUCUAGGAGACUGGGAGUCCUUUAAGAAGGGCCUGGAAAAGUCAUAUCGCUACGACGCAUUGUCUGCACAACCCCUACUGAUGUCCAUGCACAUCUGUACCACAUCCUUCAAUGCUGGACACUUUCACACUUUCAGAUAACAUCAGAGCAUCUAAUGCAUCUUCAAACAAUCCAAGCUCC